AUGGAAUCCAAUCAAGAACUCAGCAGGAUACUUGUGAAGGAGCGGUCCGCCCAAUCCUUGCAUCAAUGUUCACCCGGACUUCUUUCGAGUGAUCCUGGCCUCGACUCUCAACAACUCCCGGCUUCCUUUAACGUGGUUCAUACUCCUUCCCAGACUAACAGACAUGCCAUCAAUCAACAAGAGUCAGACGAACACAGGAUCACCAUCGACAAUGCUGCGAGCCCAAAAGAGCCUCAGAGUGCAGGAGAAAGGAGUCGGGGCCUAGUCUGGCCCAAUGACAACUCUGUUAGAGCUUUGCAAGAUGGAAGCCGCGUGGAAUCCCAGCAGAUCGAGGCCAAACCAGAUAAGGACUAUGAUGAGACCAAUCAUAAUGGCAGUCAACACUAUAAGCAAAUACCAAUAGCAGUCAUAUCAACAAAUGGAACAGGAAGCGGGAAAAGAAUCAAUGACGCGUUUGCCUAA